UUAUACCUUUAUACCUUUAUACCUUUAUACCUUUAUAGUCAAGAGUGGCCGAGUGGUCCAAGGCGGCAGUUUAAGGUACUGUUCUCUUCGGAGGCGUGGGUUCGAACCCCACCUCUUGCAUUUUACUAUAUUCUAUCUUUAUGUACCCUUUUAUAUCUAUAUAUAUGUCACUUAUCACUUUAUAACUUAUGUUAUAUAUUAAACUUUAUCAUUUCUACUUUUCUACUUUUCUACUUUAUUCCUUUAUAUCUAUAUCUAUAUAUAUAUUUAUAUAUCUAUAUAACUUUAUACCUUUAUUAUUUUAUUAUACCUUAUCUUUUAUUUAUAUUUAUUCUUCCUUAUAUAUAUAUAUAUUCCUUCUUUUAUAUAUAUUACACCUUUUAUAUAUAUUACACCUUUUAUAUAUAUAUAUUCCAACUUUUUAUAUUUAUUUAUUUCAACUUUUUAUAUAUAUAUUACACCUUUUUUUUAUAUUAUAUAUACCUCCAUCCUUGGAAGGCCUCUUAG